AUGCGCACGCUACUGGAGAGCAGCUGGAUGAAGUUUGGUCCAGCCGGCAGGGGUACCUAUGACUGGGUGACGGGGAUGCCACCCCCGCCUGUGGAGAAACAACUGCAGGGUUACCACUGGAAUGAGCUGACCCCUGGAGAGGAAACCAAGUCUGGGGUUAUCUUCUAUGUUGUUCUGCCCACUGCUUCGCUCCUUUUCAUUGGUCUACUGGCUUUCCUUGUUUAUAAAAAGUGCUCCCGCAACAAGCUAGGCCCGGCUAACAUCAUUGCGCUGGACUUGCAGGACACAGAGGGCAAUGCUGAGUUCCUGUCCUCCCUGACCUGGGAUGCUGAGCAGUUUCCUAGCUUGAGCUCAGACACAUCGGAUGGCGUCUUCCUCAUGGUGUACUUGCCGCCCCCUUAUGAGGAGACACUCACCAAGAUAACCAGGGCUGCCAGCACCUCCAGCUCAAAGGAUGUGGAGUCUGUGAAGAUCGAGGACCUGGAGGCCGAGCUGUGCCCCAAGACCAAGUCAAGUGGCCGUUAUAUGUAA